AUGCCUACGCAGUAUGGAAAUCUUACACUUGAAUUUGCCUCCUGUGCCCAGAAUUCUUCGCAAUAUCUUGCAAUUACUCUCCAGGAGAAGGCUGACAGCUUGGAGGAGAAGCACACCCUCCUCCUCCGCAGAGUCCGCCGUGCCGAGCGGGAUCGGGACGUGGCGGGGAAGCCUGGGGCAGCCGUGCAGCGAAGCGCUGAGGUAGAGGUUGCAGUGAGACAGCUGCGAGAAGAAGCAGCGCCGGUCAUUGCACGGUUUAUGGAGUCGGAGGUUCUUCGGAGCCAGCUUCAGGCGUGCAGCGAGGACCUCGUGCGGCUGAAGGAGGAGAUGGCGGCUUGCAAGGAGGAGCUAGCAGAAGGCUUGCCCAAGCUCGCAGAAUUGGAGGAUGACGAG